AUGGCCGUCCUCGAGCCUCCAGCUGGUGCUCUGGCUCCUGGACCCAUCUCCUUCUUCUCCUUCGCCUCCCGGAUCGGCGAGACGCAUCUGCGCCCGCGGCGCGAACCAUCUCAUCCUCCGUCUCCGGCCGCCGAUCACGAACGGUCCUGGCGGACUCCAUCCAGGACAGCGCCACCGACUCGAGCCCUGGCCCCAUCUGCGACGCCGCGCUUGCCUGCUGCUGCAGGGCCGCGGCGGCGCCGUACCUCGGCACGAGGCAGCACCCUCCCUUCGUCUCCAUCAGCGGACCGGGCAUCGUUGCGGAGGGCACGGUCGAGCACGGCAGGGCCGCAAUCACAGCAGCGAGCACGGCCGCAUUCACAGCAUGGCGAGCAGCAGCAGGUCGUCUCAGUGGCUCGAUGCGCUACGGCCGCCUGCACCCGCCCGGUUGAGUUCGCCGGACCGAGCACCCGUGCAGGCUUGUCGGUGGAGACGGCCGCACCAGCCCAGGACCUUGCGGGCCGCGCCCGCCCGCUUGAGUUCGCCGGACCGAGCGCCGUCAGGAUCAGGGGCCAGGAGGCGCGCCCGGCGCUGAGAAGAGGAGGACUCCGCUUUGUGCUCGGCGCCGUCCAUGUCGAUUCUGGUCGCCGGAGGGGAGCUGACGCGAGCACGAGGUGGAAGAGGGGAGCUGACGCGAGCGGGGAGGGCCGCCGGAGACGGUGCGGGAGGGUCGCCUGGGAGGCCCGCCGGGGAGGAGCAGAGGUGAGCGGAGGAGCACCGGAGGGAGGCAAGACCGGAGGUGACGCGAACGCUAAUCUGCGCCUGGCAAGCCUGGCUCUGGAAAAACGCCCGACACCCACGUUCUUUCAUGGGCAGGCUAAGGUUGUACGGUUGGCUCUCGGAAGCCAGUCCUCGCCCAUUUACCCAACCAAACAACUCUAUCUUCACUUUAGGGGACCAAAUCAAAAGUUAACCACCUAA